GACACAAUACCGUGCGCCGGAAACGCUUCCUCCUUGCUGUAGGAGACCUCAGGACCUCAGGACCUCAGGACCUCAGGACCUCUCUUUCCUGCCCUUUUCAUACCGUCGUCAUCGUCACCAUCGAACGGAAGAGAGGGAAGGAGUGAAGAAAGAGAGAUACCUUCCUUCAUAUUUCUCAUCUUCGGCAUUUUUUGUACAAAAAAUUUAGGGUUUUAACGUUUAGCCAUAUGAUUAUGGCCUGAAGAUCAUGUUCAUGUCGUUUUUAAUUGAAGAUUCGAUGUAAUCGCAGCUUAGUUGGAGAACUGAGAAUUUUCUUGCUUUGGAUUGGGCUUGUUUGAUAAGGGUGAAGAAGACGAGAUGCCGAGGACGGUAUCACGUUCUCCCUCUUACAGGAGGAGAUAUUCUCCAUCUCCUGUGGGACAUAGAUAUAGCAGGAGAAGUAGAAGGGAUCGAAGCCGAUCUCCGUAUUCCUCGUAUAGUCAUAGCAGGUGAUACUACUAACACACCUUUUGUCUUGAUUGGAUUGAUUAAAAUUCAUAUAUAUUCCUAGAAAGGGUUAUUGAUGGACUCGAUAUAUGUCAUUGCCAAAUCACCUAGGAUAUCGAGCUAGUAUGUACGUAUCCGAUCCUUUUCUUGUGCUCUUUUUGUCUUUAUGAUUUAGUUCAAACUUUUUUUGGUGCUAGGUUUGUUUAUGUUAUAUGGGUAUACCUUUACCUUUUGAUUGUAAUGACGGCUGGAUAGCGCAGUUGGUGAAGCUGUGGUGCUCUAAGCCCACGCUCACCAGGAGGAGAACCUCUUCUACUGACUUAAUUGGAGCUGGACAGCCCUAGGAAUCAUGGCUGUACCAUGUUCCAGCUCAAUCUAAUUCCAAUUUAGCAAGAUUAACACAAACUAAUAAUGGGAAUUACAAGAUUACCUAUACCUGAACUUAAAAUCCAGCAACUCGGGGUUGCUGAACCGUAAUCUGGGUUUUCCCCCUCUCAUCUGCUACUUGGCUGAAGCUUGAAGGACAUAGGGAAAUAAAGAUUGUCCACAUCCCAGCUCCAUAUAAGCUCAUAUUGGUAAGGUGAAGAGGAAUUCAGAGGAAUUUGGGAGAAUUGUCCAAUUUCCAUUCCAGAAUUCAUCCAUUUGCAUAUGUCGACUGUACUAGUCAGAAAGGAAUCUUCUAUGAUGCGGCCAGUCUCCCGGAGAUACAAUUGGGGUUCAUUUGGAGAACUUAAAAACACUUUCACGAUGUAGAAAACUAGCGCUCACCUAACACAUUGGUUGGCUGCUGGAAGUGAGGCAUCCACAAAAAGUAUGGUUGAUGUGAUUCUCUGUUUUUCCAUAUGGCCAAUAUUUAGUAGGUUUGGAUGCUUUAUUUUUUGCAUGCUCUAUUAGAUGUGAAUGAAUUGUCACUUGUAUCUGCUUUUCAUUGUUGUGGCACUCUGACAUUUUCUUUACCCAGAGUCUUCACAUGCGAUGAGCACCUCAGCAGUUUGCAUGCUUAAGCUUGAUGGUCAUCAUACUGCUGUUAAAGUCUUCCCAAACAUUGACCUCCAUAUGAUGAUUGUGUAGCCAAUGUUUCUGUAUAUCGAUAUAUGGGUAGGAUAACCCAUGUUCAAGGAACAUUUACUUUGCAUGCAAGACAUAAAUGAUUUCGAACAUAAGUAUUUUGGGAAACAAAUUGAGACCUUUGAAAGGGAGAUAGGGAACAUGUAUGCUAUAAGAAUAAUUAAAGAAAUGUAGUUUCUCCCACAAUAUGGGAAGUUAGCAGGUGAUGGGUGCUGAUGGGUGUCCUUUGGUCGCUCAGUCUGGACAUACGAGAAUUCAUGUUAUAAAAGAUGGAGUGCACAAGGGUUAUUCUUAACGAUAUAUGAGGCGGAAAAGUCGUUCCAUAUCACCUCGACGCCGUAAAAGUCGUUCACCAACUCCAAGGCGCCGUAAAAGUCGCUCUAUAACACCAAAGCAACACAAAAGGCAAAGAAGUAGGAGCAGCUCACUAUCUCCUACACAAAGGUCUCGUAGCCCUAGUCUUGGGUCAAUAGAACGAAAAAAUGCCAUUGAAAAAGUGAAAAAAGAAGAAGAAGAAAAGAGAAGGCGUCAACGUGAAGCAGAGUUGAAACUAUUAGAGGAAGAAACUGCGAGGAGAGUAGAGGAAGCGAUUCGAAAGAAAGUCGAGGAGAGCUUGAACUCUGAGGAGAUUAAGCUGGAAAUACAGAAGCGAAUAGAGGAAGGGCGGAAGAAACUCCUUGAGGAGGUUGCAGCUCAACUUGAAAAAGAAAAAGAAGCUGCUCUUAUUGAGGUUAAGCAGAAAGAAGAACAAGCUCGGAGAGAGAGAGAGGAGCUGGAUAAGAUGCUAGAGGAGAACCGGAGGAGGGUUGAAGAGGCUCAAAGAAGAGAAGCUUUGGAGCAGCAGCGAAAAGAAGAGGAGCGUUACCGCGAAUUAGAGCAGAUUCAAAGACAAAAGGAAGAGGCUAUGAGGAGGAAGAAAUUAGAGGAGGAGGAGGAACGGGCAAAUCAGAUGAAGCUCUUGGGUAAGAAUAAAUCUCGACCAAAACUGUCGUUUGCAUUUGGCCUAAAAUGAGAUUUUGCUGCCUUUUGACUUUUAUCCCCCUCUUGGAAGGCUGCAUAUCUAUGUAGGUGGUAUUGAAUUUUUCAUCUGCUUUUGUAUUUCAAAGUGGCUUCUCCUGAAUGUAUUUGGGGUCGCCAUCUCUUGAACGAUAAACAUGAGGAAAAUGUCAAUUAAAUGGACGCUUUGCUUUCAA